AUGCCUGUCCCCUGGUCUCUGCCGCUGGAGGACCGUUGGGUGGAGCACGCCUGGACAUCACAAGCUCGGGGUUGUCAUGUCACGUUGUGGCCGCUUGAUGCUCCAGCCUCCACCCGCUCGGCCCGCUACCGUUUGGAGGGAAAGAGGACCUCCCCGUUUUCCUACCGGGGUCUUGACCUCAUCGAGAAGAAAGGCAUGGGGCGAGAUUCGUCAGUCCUCUUCUUGACGUAUUCAGUGAGCACAGCAACCUCUUCUGGACAAAUGGAAAACUGCCACCGUCUCAUAACGCAAUAA